AGUGUGCGUGUCCGCCCGUCUGCCUUGUUCUCUAUGUGUGUCCUUACUCCGCUGGACCGCUCCAUGUUGAACUUUCAAAUGUCCACGCGAAAGUGAAGGCGCCACGUCGCCAUGGCAACACACAACACUGCGCGACGACGGGCGCUUCUGUCCUCUUAGACCAGAACCAGCCACACUUUAAAGGCGCUAUUUGACAACACAAAAUACAAGAUGGACCAAAUGGAAGACUUCGAGAGCUUUUUACAAAAUGUUGACAAAAUAAGUGACCUGGUGAAGGACCUGAGCUCCACUCGUGCAGAGGUGCGACAGAAGGCUCUGCAGAAAGCUGACCAGCACCUCGCUGACCUGGACGGUCCGUGUCGGACCAAGCUCAACAGGACUGCCAUAAACACCAAGCCACCAAGCUGCAAUUCCACGAGCAAAUUUGAGGAAAGUGCAGACAAUUUCAUGAAGAUCAUGGAGAAAGAUAUUGAAGAUCGGAAAAAGAUGAGAAAAGCCAAAGAGGAAAAAGCAACAGCGCUCAAGGAGGAAGGCAAUAAAGCCUUUGCCCAGGACGACUAUGAGAGGGCGGUGGAGCACUACAGCGCGGGCCUGGCUCACGCUCGGGACAUGCAGCAGCUCUACACCAACCGAGCUCAGGCCUACAUCAAGCUGAGGAAGUACAAAGAGGCCAUCAGCGACUGUGAGUGGGCAAUAAAGUGCAAUGAGCGAUGCACCAAGGCGUAUCUGCACAUGGGGAAAGCACAUCUGGCUUUGAAGAGCUACGAUGAGGCCAGAAGCUGCUUCGAAAAGAUAGUGGAAAUUGAACCAAAGUGGGAGACGAAGAUGCAAGAACACCUGACAAAAGUCGACUUGGAGGAGAAAAGGGAGAUCCAAGAACACGAAGCCAGGCGAGAACUAAAGCAGGGGGGAGGGAAGGCCGCGUCAGUUCCUCAGCUGCUGGAGAAGCUUUCCGCUGCCGGCCAAAUGCCACUCUACUACCACGGUGGAAUGGAGGUCCUGUCCCGAGCACUCAACGACUGUACGGCGCAGACCUUAUUCAGGCUGCACAACGGGUUUAGUAUCAUCAGCAGCAGUGACGCGGUGAGGAGCUGUCUGCAGGGAAAUAUUUAUGACCACUACACGCAGGAGUUGUGUGUGACUGUUCUCAAGUUAUGGAGGAUCGUCUGCCACGGAAAUGAGGAAAACCAGAAGAUGCUGGUGAUGUGUCCCAUCUCCAGCCAGGCCAUGGUUCACCUGCUUUCAUCUGAGCUCCCAGCUGUGCAGGAGGAAUGUCUGGCUCUGAUGUUUUCCUACUCAGACACGCCACAUGGCAGGCGACUGGUCAUCGAACACCUCCACUUGAGCAAGUUGGUGUCAAACAUCAUGGGAUGCAUCACAACACCCCAGGGGCAGCGUGAAAACACAGCGGUUAAAAUAUUGCAGAAUCUGGUCUCCGAGAAAAGGUUUUGCUGUAAACUGAGGGACGUUUUGAAGGACUCCAUCACAAGUCCAUUCUCUUCAAUGCUGACCAACAUCAACGAGGCCACUCGGCACGUUCUGCCGCCACUGUUGGACGCCGUGGGCUCCCUGGCUCUGGAUGACGUCAUACGCCACGCUCUUGCUCAUGACCCCGCCAGCUGGGAAGCCUUUCUGGUGGCUCUUAAGCAGUGCGCUGAAAAUGGCUACAGAGAAACCCUCUACCCUUUGCUUGGACUCAUGAUCAACAUUGCUACCGUCCAGUCUUCCGUCAUAAAGGAACAUGCCACUUCCCUGAGUGAAAUCUGCUGCAAUCUACUAAAAGACAGUGAUGGAGGAAUUAUAACGAGAGCCACAGGCGUGCUGAGCGCUGCCCUGCGUCACUCUUCUGAGGCCGUUCAGGGUGUCACGCGGAGAGACGUGGUGCCCACCUUGUGUCGACUGCUGAAGGGAAACGGACAAACUGCCGCUCCGUAUGCGAUCAGGACCCUGGCAAUUUGCACUGCUUCCAGCCGUGGUGCACGAGAGGAGCUGCUGAAGUCAGAUAAAAAACUAUCAGUGCUGCGCGGCUUGCUGCGCUCCAGCCGCGACGAGAGCGAGCUCGGAAACGCAGCUCUGUGCCUGCUUCACUGCCUGGAGAUGGAGGGCCUGGCCAGUAAGCUCCUCGGCACCGACAUCGUGCCGCUCUUGCUGCGCCACGCCGCGGCGGACGCCAAGAAGUCGGACGUGCAGCUGAACGCAGCCAUCGCCCUGAGCAAACUCUGUCAGCUGGAACCCAGGCACAAGAACACACUUCGAGAACUGCAUGGAUUUGAGAUCCUACAUUCCUGCACAAAGUUUAUGGCCUGACAUUGUGUUUUCCAUCUUUUUUUUUUGGCUGUAAGAUCCUCUGAAACAUAUGUGGUUGUAUUAAUGCUCAACUUUGUGAUCUAAGUUUAGUCGCUAAUGAAGAGAUAAGUCACUGUAACAGAAAAAGACUUCACCAUUCUACUCUUCACACAAGUUUUCUGUCCUAGACCUGAAAUAAAAGCAUUUGUUUCUUGGAA